AUGCGCGUGGCCGUUGUGUGCUAUGCGCUAGUGCUGCGCAGCGCUGCUUUGCGAGAUGAGAUUAGUAGAUUUGAGCCCUUAGAGCUCGAGGUAGCAGAUGAAAAGAUGCAUCAGGAGGCGCUGAUGACACCGACGUCCCCUGAGACCGCUGCAAAUUCCACGGCUGACCACCAGCCUGAAGCUUUCCUGGAAGUAAUAAGCAGCGCAAAUUGCAUCGAUGGCACUUUGCACCUGCGGGGCCAAAAUGUGGUCAAUAGUGCGCUUGUCUUCUCGAAGGAGUGUGCGACACUGCGCGGGGACAUGGGCGCGCAGGUGACUUUGCAGGAGCCGUUGAUCUUUGAAGGAGAUCUGAGGAUGGAAGGAGACAUCCGCUUCAUUGCGGCGAGUUUUUUUUUUGAACCCUGUGUUGAAGUCAAAGGGAGCGCCUCCAUGUUUGGAAACAUCCACUUCGAGGGCUGCCACAACAAGGCACACAACAAGUGGCAUGCAGGAGGUGGCGGCCUCAUGGUGAAAAAGCUGACGCAGCAUGCCGGCGCCAUCGCCUUCCACAAUUGCAGCAGCGAAGAUCAUGGUGCGGAGCCUCAGACUGCGGAGCAGAGUGGACGGAGUUUGGAUGCGAAACCAUGGAGCGAUCCACCAGGGAAAAGGGGGAUCGCUCUCGAACUGGGUCCGAAGGGUGAAAGGAUGAGAGUAUUUCACGCAACGCCAGCGAUGAUCUCUAUCAUUCUCUAUCAAGUUUCAGUGUCUAAAGAGCUCACAGCAAAUCAUUCAAAGUUUCGCCUUCAAUUGUUGACCGAAGUCCAUUCGAAUCUUGCGGUGGAAUCAUUGUCUUCAUGUCAGUGA